AAAAACGAGCCCACUUCCGCGCUAGCCCCGCUGCACAUAUAAAAAACUCCCAACUCUUCCGUUCUUUCUCCGAAAAUAAACAACAACGCCGCAAAGAUGUCGGACGUCGUUGUCGUAACCAAUCCCAAGCCCAACUCUUACAAUCCUCCUACCUUCGCCGGUCUUCCGUGGGAGCUCCGCGAGAAGAUUUUCAAGAUGAGCCUCCCAGCGGGGCGGAUCGUUUACCUGGAGUGGAAGUCCGUCGUCCCAGAGGAUGGCUGGCACUUUUCCUUCCGUGUUGUAAGUACGUCCCUUGCUUCGUGCUCAGCGGAAACUAAAAUACGGUGCAGUGGUCCGAUAUUGAUGUUAACGACGAUGUCGGUGAAGUCCAAUUUCUCAACCGCGAACCACUCCCUCGCUAUGUCUACAACCCGCCUCGGCCUCCCUUUGGGCUCAGAUCCCCUUCGACCAUCAACUUGAUGUCUCUCAAUCAUCAAGCGAGGGAAGUGGCCAUGAAGCACUAUCAGAAGGCUUUUGGUACACAGCACAUGCCGCCAGCUACUUGGUUCGAUUUCGAGGUUGAUACGUUGUAUCUUGACUGGGGCUUCGCGUAUAAGACUAAGAGCAGGUGCGAUCAUUAUGCCUUCGGCCCGGGACAUAUCGGGGAUUGUGCUGAGAAGGUCAAGAAGCUUGCGUUGUGGGACAACUACAUUAUCAACUACACCAUCGAGGACGAUGGUAGCCCUUUCGAGGAAUGGCUUCGAGGAGUUCUUGUUGAGUUCAAGCAUUUGGACGAGCUUGUGCUUGUUGAUCGGUACCACUUGAACACCGAGGUUCAACGCAAGGACUUGGUAAUGCUGGACGAGGUUAUUGCGAUCAAGGACGCCAUGGAGAUCUUCAAGGAGGAGAAGGGCAAGCCAUACAGCGAGGAGAAGACGGCAUUGGUACAGAAGGAGCAUCAAUUCUGGCGUGAACGUUCCAAGAGAAUGACACCCGCUGAGAAGAAAGACUUGGAGGCACGACGACGAUCUGAUGACGACUGGGAUGUUCCUAAAGUGGUUUCAUGGAAAACUAUAACCACAAAUGGCAGGUUGGAGAAGUACAAGAAGGCAGUGGAGGCUUAUGAGAUGAAGAAGUUUGCAGAUGCUAGCACCAUCGAAGCAGAGGUGGAGGAAGAGUCCGAGAGCGAGGAGGAACCAGAGACUGAGUCGGAGCCUGAUGAGUUUGAUGAUACUUACGAUUCUGACGAUUCUGAUGAGCCUAUGACUAACGAGGACUGAAACUUUUCAUUGUACACAAGCUGGCAGUACA